AUGGGGUCAUUCUGCAGUGUUGAUAAAGGCCCAGACCCCGAUCAACAUGAGAAGGAUUCCGAAGAAGCUUCACCCAGACCUGUCGCCAUCCCCCCACUGCAGCACCUUCGCGACAAGAUAACCGGAAAGCCCCAGCAAUCUAUGACGGACAGAAUGGACAACCUGCAGCUUGAUUUUCAAGGCGACUUGAAGCGGAAGGCUACCGAUGCCGAAAAGCUGGCCAAUGAGAAGCUGCAACUGGCUAAGAAGGAGAAUGAGUCGUUUCUCAAGCAGGAGCGUCACUUGAAGGAGGACGAAAGAUCUGCUGCUGGCGAUCACUUCACGCGGAAUGCAGAUUUCAUCGAUAAGACCAGCCUGCUCAAGUACGCCCACUGGAUGCCCAAAGCUGCACACCUGCACAUCCACUUCAACUCAACGCUUCUCCCCGAAGUCCUUCUUGGCUACGCCAAGAAUAUGCCCAACAUGUUCAUGUGGAGUAGUCACAAGCUCCUGACGCCUAAGGACUACGAGGAAUGUGGAAUUGAGUUCAUGCUCGGCGAUCUGUUGGAAAGGUACAAGGACAAGGUCGGGAGUAUGGAUGGUAAGACGGAUGAUGAGAAGAGGAAAGCCAGGGAAGCCACUGCUGGAAAGCUGGACGAGUAUGACGAGGUUGGCCCGAACGUUUUCACCCAGGCGUACAAUAACAAGAAAGACCACCCGAAUGAUGUCCAACAAAUGCGGUAUGCGUACUUUCGCAAGCAGUGGGAGGAGAAGGCUCCUAAGGAGCUAGGCUCAUGCGACGAGUGGCUCAAGAGCAAGCUUGUCUCCGAUGAGAAGGAGAUCAACGCUUUGUACGCGGGCAAGUAUGAGAAGAACUUGGACGAGUCAAACGGAUCAGGAACAUUCCAAUGGAGCAAGCAGAGCGAGGACAGCAAGGAGGUCAAAUCGGCUAUCGAAAAAAACAACUACAAAUACAAGCAGGAACGCAUGAGAGCACGCAUAGCAUGGGAAAGAUUUGACGGCCGCACUAGGAUGAUGAAGGGUCUCUUCAACUACGAGACCGCAUACCGGGCGUACACCAGGCAGUGUCUGGAGGAAUUUGUCCGAGACAACGUCCAGUAUGCUGAGAUUCGGCCGAAUUUCAUGGCGACCAACCAGAUCUUGCGGGAUGACGGUUCCCAGAAAAUCAACAAUCAAGGCACCGUGGACUUGAUCAUCGAUGUUUAUCAACAGUUCAUGAAGGAUAUAGGGGACAUGAAUGACGAUAAUACGAUUGUCACGAAUCCCGGCCACAGGCCGACCUUCAGUGGGUUGAAGAUCAUUUACUGCACCCCUAGGUCUUUCAACAAGGAUGCAGUUGGGAAAGCUCUAAGCGCUUGUCGAGAUUUGGCAAUACAGAAGAAAUAUCGCGAUUAUAUCGCUGGCUUCGACCUGAUAGGCGAAGAGGCCUUUGGUAGGAUAUGUCCCUUGUGGUUCUUUAAGGAUGAGUUCCAGAGACACCAGACAAUUUGCGACAAUACGGAAGGCCUCGAUGUUCCAUUUCUAUUCCACUGCGGCGAGACCCCCGAUGACAAGGAAGGUAACCUCGAAUGCGCCCUCAAUUUCGGUUCGAGGCGGAUUGGCCACGGAUAUGCCCUGCCUGAAAAACCAGAGAUCCUGCAGCAGAUGAAGGCGAAGGGAGUCUGCGUGGAGACGUGCCCAAUCUCCAACAUGGUUCUCGGCCUGACGGAGCGGAUGGAUCAACACGCUGUAUACAGGCUGCUCGAUGCAAAUAUGCAUUGCGCGGUGAGCAGUGAUAACGGUACCCUUUUCCGGUCCACACUCUCACACGAUUUCUACGAAGUCAUGGCUGGCCACAAAAACAUGAACCUAUACGGCUGGAAACAGCUCGCCAAGUGGAGCUUGACCCAUUCCUGCAUGAGCGACGAAGAUAAGAAGCGAGCCGAGGCCGAGUGGGUGAAACGGUGGGAGGAAUUCAUUAAGUAUGUGAAUUCAGGCCAGGAGAAGAAGCCGGACAGGCUGCUCAAGCUGGAGCAAGCUCAAGACAAAGGGAGAGAGAGGGCGGCCAACGGGAAGAACUAUGCAGGAGUGGAGAGCGAUUAUCCUCCCAAGAAGAGCGAUAUUCCCGAGAUGAGCAGCUUGAGCAUUGCAGCUUGA